AUGGGUAACGCCAUCCUUUUUACUUUCCUUUUCGCCUUAUUGGCUGCAUUCGUUGCUGCUCAAGAUGACAAGCCUUUUUACAUCACCGCCCCUCUCCCUGGUGAGACAUGGAAGGCUGGCGAUACCGCUACCAUCAAAUGGGUCAAUGGCUUGGAUCAACAAGUGACAAUCAAUGUGAUUGAAGGUCCUGAUCGUGAAUCAAUGGUGCCUAUUGGAUUAAGCACCAAGGUUGAUGGCUCUGACGGCAGUGCUCAACUCGAGCUUCCCAAAUCGUUGGAUUCCAAGGGUCGCUAUGCUGUGCGCAUUGACUAUGAAAACAGCAAGGGCAAGAAGGCUUCUUCGUUCUCUGGUGCAUUCUCUGUCUCUGGUGGCUCUUCUAGCUCUAGCACUUCGGCAUCUUCUACCUCGGCUACUAGCACCUCUGCUACUGCUUCAUCAUCCUCUUCAUCAUCUGAGGCCUCUUCUUCUACUAGCUCCACUACCACGUCAUCCGCUCAACCAUCCGAGUCAUCCAAGACUGAAGAUGAAAAGAAAAAGGAAGAAGAAGAAAAGAAGCAAGAGCAAGAAAAGAAAAAGGAGGAAGAAGAAGAAAAGAAAGAACAAGAAAAGAAGGCCGCUGAAUCCUCUGCUGCAGCUGAUACUCUCGAAGAUCAAGAUGCUGAAGGCUCUGCUACAUCCAUCAAGGUUGCUACCUCGUUGUUGUUGGUCAUCCCUGCUCUUUCAGCUAUUCUUGCUUAG